AUGACGGGGAUGGGCAAAGACCCUGACACGGCCAAGCAGACACUGCGCGAUAAUGAAGGCGAAGAAAAAGAAAAAACGGUGAUGCCCGGCGGCGGCCUGGCCAGUCCUGUGACCAAGCUGGAUGGCCCGCUGGUUGCUUUGCGCGGGGGCUUUUGUGGGGCAUACCCGCUGGUGACGGGCGAGGCUAGGACUGGGGCGAUGCAAAAAAGACGCCAGUGGUUGUGCCGCAUAAAGCGUGCAAGAUUGACAAUCUGGGGAAUAUACGGUGUAGGGGUGGUUAUAUCUGGCAACAUAUUGUGUGGGCAGGCAAGCCUUGUAGUUCCCUCCUGGCCCACCCUGUUUAGAUUGGGCCUGGCGGGCGCGGCGAGCGCCUGCUGUGCUUGGAUGAUUGUCAACUCCUGCUGUCACCGGUGGCCCCCCAUUGGUGCAUCGAGGUUCGCAAGAAUCAAGCUGCUUGCUUCAGCUGUCUGCCUGACUGCCUCUGAACGUCAGGACUCUCCCGCACCGCGUGAGCCGCGCCGGGAGGUCUGGCAAUUUAAAAGCAAGGCACUCUGGACCGUCGACGUCGCACUACAGGCUGGUCCAAUGUCACGACGCCCUCUGCAGCAGCAAUUCGACCAAGUCUCUGCGUCGGGGCUGGGGCGCUUGCUCCAGAAGCAUAUUCGACAUGGCCUCGGCCUGCUCAGCUUGGGUGACGAAGACGCGAGAAAGCGGCAUCGAGAGCACAAGAGAGUGGAAAAGAAAAGGGCAAGGCCCGAGGACCGACGCAUAGUCGACCAGGCCCCGAGAGAGAUGGGAUAUGGUCGGUAUCGAGACGGAGGCAAACACGGAAAAGUAUGCAGAAUUGUUACUCAGCAAAAUGGGUGGGUUGCAGUGCGGUACUGGGAUUCCAAAGGUCAAAUGAUUCCAAAGGGCUCGCGCCAAUUGGGAGGGGCUGGAAGAAGCGGUUACAUGUCCGAUGCCGGAAGGAAACCUUUCGCCAAUUGACGGGAUGGAAUCAUUCAUGUUGAUCUGAUGGAAGGAAACACAGGCGGCACACCCGUCAUCCCCCAGCGACGCAUGCGGCCCUGUCACGCAAAUUGCCACGGUUGCAUCGUGGCCGGCAGUCCUGGUACUUUUUAUUCUUCACCUCGUUCUGGAGGACACGAG